AACAGUCGUAAGAAUUUUGAUAACGUGAGAAUGCAUAGAGUGGAGGUAAUAUUAUUAGAUUGGUGUGGUGCACGAUGAUUGCGUCCUCAUAGACUACGUAUUUUCUUUUGGCCCUGACUGCGUAUUCAUUCCUCAUUCUCUCCACGAUCAACAACAAUCUAGCGCGCAACUAGUCAAGUUUAACUACAUUCCUCAUUAAAGCCUCUCCUACGGUUACGCAAGAUGCACAUAUCUAGAGAGCCGAGUCAGCGGACAAAAGCCUGGGUGAAGUGGAACUAUGGACAAAAGCAUACGAGCAAGGCGAGCCUGGAUUCGGCCCCCUCAGAAAUCAUCCAUCUCGGCGGCUCUCGAGUAGGCACUCCAGAGCCAUCACCAAGCAGACCAGGCACCGCACAAGAUUUUGAUCGACCCUGUACCACAUGGUUCGCGUCGCCGUACGCACCGCCGCCGGAGCCGCCUGUCGGUAUCGCAAGAUCCAAGACCGAUCCGCAGGAGCUCCUUUCCCCAUCGGGGUCUCACUCCUCCUAUGAGAUUUUGGAUCACCAGCUGAGCCCUGCGCCGCUCAGUAUCCCGUCCGGCAAGCUUGCGUCACCCUUACUAUCAGCGACUUCCACAUCAUCGUUUUCUAAACUGUCGUCGCCACCGCCAUAUUCCUCAGGAUCCGUAGUCUCAACGUCUUCGGACGUGUCAAGACAGCUCCGCCGUACCCAAUCGGCUGCAGAUAUCCAGAAGCGUGCACGCGUACGGUCAAAGGCGUUACCACCUAAGCCUACCGAGUCGCAUGACGACUCGGAAUCAGAUACUCAAGAGUCAUCCAGGGCCUCGCAUGUUGGCCAGAUGAUCAAGGAGGAUGCCCAGGAGACCCCACCGCAACGAGUAACUAGAUGGUUCCCACUGCCGCCUCUUACCAGCCCGCCACCCACCAAGCCUUUACCGGCAAUAAGAGCGACCAGUCCUACGAACUCAGAGGGGAGUGACAAGUCGCCAAAACUGGCAACUGCAAAACAGCAAUCACCAAGAACUACGACAGCUGAUCAACACUCACCAAAACUCGUCGCGGCAAAUCAGCAAUCGCCAGAGGCCGCCACCACCACAGACCAGCAUUCCCCAAAGGCUACUGCUGCAAGUCAACAACAAACACACAAGGCCAAGGCUCUACCCCAAAGGCCAACAUCUAGGCUAUCUCCUCAAGAGCGCUUAUGGCUUCACCGAAACUACCGUGGAGAAGCAACAUUCCUAAAAGCCUGGGGACUCAGCAUUGAGAAGGCCGAAGAUCGCGAGGAAGGCAUCACCAUGAUGAGGGAGCUUAUGGACGCUGAGGACGAGAAGAAGAAAGCCAAGAAGGCACAAAAGGCCAAAGAUUUAGGCCUACCCGACGGCGGUCUGCAGAUCAUCAUUGAGGAGGAGAAAGGCUCGCUUUCAGAACCUGAUAAGCCUAGCCCAAGGAUGACCAGCUGUCCGCCUUCUUCCAAACCUCAGGGACUAAGGGUGCCAGGCAGAGGCGGCAACCCGAGUCCGACGGACCGUCACCUCCGAUCGGAAAGUGAGAGCUCUGUAUUAGGGGCAUACCUCGACAUACGAAUGAGCCGACUGGACUAGGUUUCAAGACCAAAUGUGAUCACCUACUUAAUGUCUUAUAUGUAUUAUUUUGUUUGUAUAUUAGCUAGAGAUACCUCCCGACGCUUGCGAGCGAGCCACAUUUCCUUUUGAACAAGGACAUUCACGAUUUAUGUUCAUAAUAAAUCACAGUAGAGAUAUAAUCUAUCGAUCAACCAAC